GCUCCCAGAGCACCGGGCAGGCCCAGACCACAGUAGGCUCCUGCAGUCGCGGUUAAAACUGGUCUCCAGAAUGGUCUCUACCAUGCUGUCUGGCCUACUACUUUUCCUGGCAUUUGGAUGGACUCCAACUUUGGCUUAUAACUCACGGACUCCUGACCGUGUCUCUGAAGCAGAUAUCCAGAGGCUGCUCCAUGGUGUUAUGGAGCAGUUGGGCAUCGCCAGGCCCCGGGUAGAAUAUCCAGCUCACCAGGCCAUGAAUCUUGUGGGCCCACAGAGUAUUGAAGGUGGAGCUCAUGAAGGUCUGCAGCACUUGGGUCCUUUUGGCAACAUCCCCAACAUUGUGGCAGAGUUGACUGGUGACAACAUUCCUAAGGACUUCAGUGAAGAUCAGGGCUACCCUGACCCUCCAAAUCCCUGUCCAGUUGGCAAAACAGAUGACGGAUGUUUGGAAAACACCCCUGACACAGCAGAGUUCAGUCGGGAAUUCCAGUUGCACCAGCACCUUUUUGAUCCAGAGCAUGACUACCCAGGCUUGGGCAAGUGGAACAAGAAACUCCUUUAUGCGAAGAUGAAGGGAGGACAGAGGCGGAAGCGGAGGAGUGUCAAUCCGUAUCUACAAGGACAGAGGCUGGACAACGUUGUCGCAAAGAAGUCUGUCCCCCAUUUUUCAGACGAAGAUGAGGACCCAGAGUAAAGAAAAGAUGCUCUGUGGAAGCCCAGGCUCCUCACCACUGCUGUGCAUGAGUCACCAAAGCCCCUGCAAAGGGCAGCAUGCUCCUGAUGUAGCUGAUCAUGGAUGAAUAGCAGCUGUACUUCACUGUCCUUCACACUGAUGGCUUGGCUUUCUGCUAAGUUAGAAUAAGAACCCUUUUUGUUUUCAUUUAUGUUUUUGCUUUUUUGAU